AUGGAGAAGACCAAUCAAUCAUCUGUGACGGAGUUUGUCCUGCUGGGGCUGUCUGGCCACCCAGAGCUGGAGGCUAUCUACUUUGCACUGGUCCUGUGCAUGUACCUCGUGAUCCUGCUGGGAAAUGGGGUCAUCAUCAUUGUAAGUGUCUACGACUCCCACUUGCACACCCCCAUGUACUUUUUCCUCAGUAACUUAUCAUUCUUGGACAUUUGCUACACCAGUUCGUCUAUUCCCCUGUUUCUCAGCAGCUUCUUAACUUCAAAGAAAACCAUUUCCUUCUCUGGGUGUGGAGUGCAAAUGUUUCUGUCCUUUGCGAUGGGGGCCACAGAGAGUGUGCUGCUCAGCAUGAUGGCGUUCGACCGCUAUGUGGCCAUCUGCAAUCCUCUGAGAUACCCCAUCGUCAUGAGCAGGGCUUCCUACGUGCCCAUGGCUGCUGGGUCCUGGAUUGCUGGGUCCAUCAAUUCCAUGCUUCAGACCUCCCUUGCAAUGCGACUUCCUUUUUGUGGGGAUAAUGUCAUUAAUCAUUUCACUUGUGAAAUCCUAGCAGUCUUAAAACUGGCCUGCGCUGAUAUUUCCAUCAACGUCAUUAGUAUGAUUGUUGCUAACAUGAUUUUUCUUGUGGUCCCAGUACUAUUUAUCUUUGUUUCCUAUGUUUUCAUUCUCUCCACCAUCCUGCAGAUUCGUUCUGCAGAGGGAAGGCAGAAAGCCUUUUCCACCUGCUCAGCCCACCUGACAGUGGUAGUUAUAUUCUAUGGGACCAUCCUUUUCAUGUACGCAAAGCCCAAGGCUAAAGAUUCUUCUAGUGCAGAGAAGGAAGAAGUCACUGACAAAAUCAUCUCCCUCUUUUAUGGAGUGGUGACUCCCAUGCUCAAUCCUCUCAUCUACAGUUUGAGGAACAAAGAUGUUAAAGCUGCUGUGAGGAAUAUGCUGUGUAGGAAACACUCCUUUAAGGGAGAUUAA